UCAAAAUCAAGUCAUGUUUUGGUUAAUCGGUCUAUUUUUGCUGUAGUUUAUAAACAAAACUGAAAAUUGCUUCUAUUAUCAUUAUUUUCUUAUUUUAUUAUCAUGGGAGACGAUACAGCAGAUUUUACACGCUACAUAAAAAAUGUUCUACACGAUAAUAGAAGUUCAAAUGUAUCGAAAAAACUUCCAUUUGGUGAUUCUUUUGAAAAUCAUGGUAAAUCAAAACCGAGAUCACUAGAUGAGGAACAACCCAACUUUCCAAAAAGGAGUAAAGAUGAAUCAAUUAUGGAAUCUCCCUGGGAGAUCAAAAGGGUUCGAAGUAGCCUGACUAUAGCAAAGAAUGAAAUAGCUCAGUUGCAAGAUUAUAUUGAAAAGCAGCAUAGUUUGCGAAAAGAAAUGGAAACUUUGUUUAGUAUUGAGAAGGAAGCACUGCAAAGACAAAAAGCCAAUGAUACAAAAACUAUUGAAGAGUUAGAGCACAGGUUGUCAUGCCUUAAGAAAAGGGAACAAGAUUUAAAAACUAACUCGAUUAGAUCAUCUUCCAGUUUAGAUGAAUUUAAACUUUCAAUGGAAUCCAAACUAGAUCAAAAAGAUAAAGUAAUUAUGCAAUUGAAAGAAGAAAUUAGCAAUUUAAAACAUUCCUUUGGUGAAAAUGAAAGAAAAGAAAUAGAAGUUAAAAAAAGUAAUAUGUCGCAAAUUAAUGAUAUGGAAUUUAAAAAUCAAGAAUACCAACGUGUUAUUAAAGAUUUGCGGGAUGAGAAUUCAAACCUAAAAAAGACUCAAGACAAGUAUUUAAGAAUGGAAGCUGAUUUUGAAGCUACCAAAAUUAAAGUGCACAGUUUAGAAAACGAGCUUUUAAACUAUAAGGAAUACGACACUCAUAUGAAGUCACUACAGAAAAAAUUAACCACAAUUCCUGAAAUGGAAUCUGAGUUGAAACAAUAUCGCCAAGAAAUUUGUAUGUUAAGAGAAAAUGUUCAGAAUAAACUAAUAUUAGAGGAGCAAGUUCAUGACUUGAAUGUUAAAUUAUCUAGUGCAAAUAACAAACUGAAAGAUAUUGCUAAUAUUCAGGUUGACUUUGCUAGAGCUGACUCUUUGUUAAAAGAAUGGCAGGCUGUAUCGAGAAGUUUCAAUAGAGAGAAUUGUACACCAAAAGAUUUAAAACAAUAUAUAGAAGAGUUACAGAAAAAUGAAUUGGUAUUAACAGCUGAUAAAUUAAAAGUGCAAAGUAAUUUGAAAGCUGUUGAAAUCGAAUUAACAAAUGUUAAGCAAGAUAUGUCAAAAACUACAACACAAAUCACAGAUUUGAAAAAUUCAUUGAAGCAACAUCAAAAUAUUCUUCAUAGAGUUCAAAAAAAAUUACAACAAGUUGCAAAAGAGCGUGACUGUUAUCGUGGCUUAGUUGAUUCAUAUGACCAGGAUUUAACAAUUAUGAAUACAAACAGCAUGAACAACGCAGAAGUUUUAUUAAAAGAACGCAUUGCUGCAAUGGAGAAAAUUGUAGAAGGUUAUAAAGAGCAAGUGGAAUCAUUAGAAAAGGAAUUGCAAUCAGCUGUUCCGCAAGCAGCACCACCAGCAUUUGUUGACCAAUUAGCACGAAUGCAAGAAGAAAAUUCAAAGCUUAUGAAAGAGAACGAUAGAUUAACAAAGAGAUGUGAUGAGUGUGAACAGUUACUAGAAAAAUUCCAUCAAAAUAGAAGUGUUACAAGCACAACAAAUGAAAAGAUCUUACAUUUCACACUAAAUCCUGCAACUAACAGCCAGAAGGAAUAUAAAGAAGAUGUAAAGCAAUUGCAGACAGAGAUUGAAAGAUUAAAAAAGAAGAUAAAGAAAUUGGAAGAAGGAGCUACAGAUGUAACUCAAACACAAAAUAUGACUGGUACUACAGAGCUUUUAAUGUUACGUGAAAAAACCAAAGCAGAUGAAAUUAAAAUUCAACGGUUAAAAGACCUUUGCAAAAGCUCAAUGCAUGAAUUUCGAGAUGCUUGCUAUAUGAUGCUAGGAUAUAAAAUUGAUAGAAUAAACACAUCUAGCUAUAGGGUAACAAAUAUGUAUGCAGAGAGUGAAAAUGAAUACUUGAGCUUUGAGUAUGAAAAUGAACUUAAAUUAUUAGAAACUCCAUAUUUACGUACCUUGGAUGAUCAUGUGAAUACUUAUUUGAGGCAGUAUGGUUCAAUUCCAGCAUUUCUUAGCGCUCUGACCUUAGAUUUAGUAAAAAGGACCACAGUCAUGGAAACAACUAAUACUAUUCAACUGUAAUAUGUGUAAAGCAAUUAAAUAUUUAAUAGUAUAAUUUUAACAUUUAUUUGAAGUUGCCUAUGUAUACAAGUUCAAAUAAUGAAUAAAUAUUAACAAAUUUCAGCCAUUAACAAUUUUUCAUAAUAUUUCUGAACUUAAUUUUGCAUAUAUAUAGAAGG